AUGCCAGACUUUCAGAACGAUCUCAUCCUCAUCACCUGCGCUUCAGGCAAACAAUCCGCAGCUUUGAUCCCUCAUAUCCUAAAGUCCUACAAGAACAUCCGCUUGCAAUGCAACAGCAGCACCUCAGCAAAAUCUCUCUCAGAGAAAUAUCCAGGCACAGAAGUCGUCCAAGCCGAUCUCUUCAACGCAGCCGACUGCACACGAAUUCUCAAAGACGUUACUGCGUGCUGGCUAGUCCUUCCUCCCUUCCACCCGCACGAAACCACACUCGGUACAACCUUCAUCGAUGCUUGUCUUGCGCAACAAGCCUCCGGAGGCCCUUUCACACAUUUAGUCUACAGCAGUGUGAUCCACCCCAUCCUUCAAAAACUGCUAAACCACGAUUGCAAGCGUUAUGUGGAAGAAUAUCUCAUCGAAAGUGGAUUAAAAUAUACAAUCCUCCAACCAACCCACAUGAUGGAAAUGCUGCCGCUCGCAAAACUACUCCAAGACGAAAAACCAGUUUAUCCCUGUAACUGGAACCCAGCGACCAAGUUUUCAUUUGUCACGACGAGGGACAUCGGAGAAGCUGCUGCGAAAAUCCUGGAACAGAGGGAGAAACAUGUUGCUGCUACCUAUCAAUUGGUCAGCACUGCUGCUCCUCUGAACUAUAUCGAGGCUUGCGAGAUUGUGAGUAAGGUGAUAGGAAAAGAGGUCAAAGCCGAGAAGAAGGGAUUCGAAGAUGCUGUCAAUACAAGCAUCAAGAUGAUUAAUGGAGGCAAGGAACCGCCCAAGGCGAUGAAAGAGAUUGGCGCGAGGAUGUUUUUGUACUAUAAUGAGAGGGGAUUAAUUGGAAACAAUAAUGUGUUGGGGUGGCUUUUGGGAAGAGAGACGACUGGAUAUGAGGAAUGGGUCAAGAUGAGAGUGGAGGAGAUCAAGUCAGGACGAAACUAG